UCAAAUUUUGGACAGAUUCUAUAGCUUCUCCCACCAAUUCCUUCCCAUUAACUGUCAAAACUGAAGCUCUCGUGUUUCCUCCCAAAAUUUCUUUCAAGCUUUCUCUAGAGCUACAUCUCUCUCUUUCUCCACAAGAAAAAAAAAUUCUAUCUCAAAUCUCAAGAAUUAAUGUCGGACGAAAACAAGGGUCGGCCAUUGCCGAAAUUCGGUGAAUGGGAUGUCAACGAUCCAGCAUCAGCCGAAGGGUUUACCGUGAUCUUUAACAAGGCAAGAGACGAGAAGAAAACUGGCGGCAAAACCGAGCCAGCAGCAAACGCUGAUGCUAAUAGUAAGCCAGGGGCGGAUCCUGGAAAACCCCAGCAAGUAAAAAAAGAGUCUCUGCUGCGUGUUGUAAACCGUAGCUGUUCUCGACUUCUAUCAUGAUGUGUCCUCCUUCAUUUCAAAAAAAAAAAAAAAAGGCUUUGCUGCGUGCAAGCAACACUGGUGGAAUCUUGAUGAAGUCCGGCAUGUACGCAAGCUUCUGCAAGUAUGUCCAAGCCACCACCAUAUAAUUUCUAAACAAAAACCAGAUCUGUAGUGAUGUUAUAAGUCCUGGAAUUACUUUUCUUUUGGUGUGUGUGUGGUUUAAAAUUUAAUUCGCUUAUUUGUC